CACCUGAAAGUGACAAAAAAAUCCGCACAGAGAUCAAAGCUCUUGUUUUCUUCUCCGGCAGGAAUCGCAAUUCAAGCUAAAUUUCUGUAGCCUCUCCUUCUUCUCCGUCAAACUACUUCCCUUCGAUUUCCUAUUGAAUGAAUGUUCCGCAGUGGCCACCUGCAGGUGGAACGUUGGGUCCUCAAAGUUUUAGUUCUCCCUUACCUGGACAAUUUCGACCUGUGGUUCCAACACAGCCAGGUCAGCCAUACGUUCCAGCUGCUUCCCAACCAUUUCGACCUCUAAAUGUUGGGAUGCCUGCUGUUCAAGGUCAGCAUUUGCAAUACUCUCAACCAAUGCAGCAGUUUCCACCAAGGCCGGGUCAACCUGGAGUUGCGACACCAUCAUCACAGAACAUAGCAGCACCAUACGCUCAACCGAACUGGCCUCUUACACCUGCUGCACCACAAUCACAGCUUAAUGCUCCCCCCUUUAAUAGUCAUGUGGCUGGCUUAGGUGCUUCUGGGAUGCCAGUGUCUUCAUCAUAUAGUUUUGUGCCUUCUUCAUAUGGCCAACAACAGAACCCUGUCAGUGUACCAACACAAUUCCAGCAAGCAUCUGAAGUGCAUGCACCUGUUGCACCAGUAGCAGGACAGCCUUGGCUGUCCUCUGGAAAUCAAAGUGGCCAACAACCUGCAGCCACUUCUUCCACAGAUUUACAGUCCUCCUCUGAUUGGCAAGAGCAUACAUCUUCUGAUGGGAGAAGAUACUACUACAACAAGAAGACUAGACAGUCUAGUUGGGAAAAGCCUCAUGAACUGAUGACACCAAUUGAGAGGGCUGAUGCAUCUACAGUUUGGAAGGAAUUCACCACUCCAGAGGGAAGGAAGUAUUAUUACAACAAGGCUACUAAACAGUCAAAGUGGACAAUUCCUGAGGAAUUGAAGUUGGCUCGUGAACAAGCUCAGAUGGCAUCUAGCCAAGGAACCGUUACAGAAAUUGGAAUGACUUCUCCAGCCCCUGAUCCAGCUGCUUCAGCUACUGCUGUUUCCUCCGCUGAAACACCUACUACAGCUAUCCCUGUUAGCUCCAACACCUCACUGGCUUCCAGCCCAACUUCAGUUACACCUGUUUCUAAUCCUUCCCCUACAAUUGCGCAAUCUGCAGCAGCAAGUGCUUCAGGAGUUCAACCCUCUGUAUUAGGUGUUACUCCACCUGCUGCUGUUGCAGGAAGUCCUAGUGUUGCUGCUACUUCGGUGAAUGCUGGGCUAACAGUAGUGAGUGGUUUUGAAAAUAUAAAAUCUCAUGAUGCUGCACAUUUGGUAGAUGGAGCUGCUGUGCAUGAUAUUGAGGAAGCCAAAAAAGGAAUGGCAGCAGCUGGGAAUGUUAAUGUAACUCCAGUAGAUGAGAAAACUGCAGACAAUGAACCUUUGGUAUAUGCCAAUAAGCUGGAGGCAAAAAAUGCUUUCAAAGCUCUUCUGGAAUCUGUAAAUGUUCAGUCUGAUUGGACUUGGGAGCAGACAAUGAGAGAGAUAAUUAAUGACAAAAGAUAUGGUGCUCUGAGGACAAUUGGUGAGCGGAAGCAAGCAUUUAAUGAGUAUUUGGGUCAAAGGAAAAAACUGGAGGCUGAGGAGAGGCGCAUGAGACAGAAAAAAGCUCGGGAAGAAUUCACGAAGAUGCUGGAAGAGUGCAAGGAACUUACAUCAUCCAUGAGAUGGAGUAAAGCUCAAAGUUUGUUUGAAAAUGAUGAACGGUUCACGGCUGUUGAACGGCCUAGAGACCGAGAGGAUCUUUAUAAGACCUACAUUGUGGAACUUGAGAGGAAGGAGAAAGAAAAGGCUGCAGAGGAACAUAGGCGGUAUGUAGCAGACUACAGGAAAUUUUUGGAAUCCUGUGAUUUUAUUAAGGUGAACAGCCAGUGGCGGAAGGUUCAAGAUCGCUUAGAGGAUGAUGAAAGAUGCUCACGUCUUGAAAAAAUCGAUCGCUUGCUUGUCUACCAGGAUUACAUUCAUGACUUGGAGAAGGAAGAAGAGGAAAAGAAGAAGAUACAGAAGGAACAAUUGAGACGUGCUGAGCGGAAAAAUCGUGAUGCAUUUCGCCAACUAAUGGAUGAACUUGUUGCUGAUGGCACGCUAACUGCUAAAACUCACUGGCUUGAUUAUUGUUUGAAGGUCAAGAAUUUGCCUCAAUAUCUUGCUGUUGCAUCAAAUAUAUCUGGUUCAACCCCAAAAGAUUUGUUUGAGGAUGUUGCUGAAGAAUUAGAGAAGCAGUAUCAUGAAGAUAAAACUCGCGUAAAGGAGUCAAUGAAGUUGGGCAAGAUUACAAUGAUUUCUACAUGGACAUUUGAGGACUUCAAGGCUGCCAUUUCAGAAGAAAUUGGUUCUCCACAAGUAUCAGAUAUCAACUUAAAGCUCAUAUACGAGGAUUUACUUGAGAGAGUCAAGGAGAAGGAGGAGAAAGAGGCUAAAAAGCGCCAGCGUCUUGCUGAUGAUUUUACGAAGCUAUUGCAUACAUUUAAGGAGAUAACUGCAUCUUCUAAUUGGGAGGAUUGCAAGCUGCUUUUUGAAGAGAGCCAAGAAUACAGAUUGAUUGGGGAGGAGAGCUUUGGGAGGGAGACCUUUGAGGAGUACAUUACUUACUUGAAGGAGAAGGCCAAGGAAAAAGGACGCAAGCGUGAGGAGGAGAAGGCUAAAAAGGACAAGGAAAGGGAGAAAGAAAGAGAAGAGAAAGAGAAACGGAAGGAGAAGGAUAAGGAGAGAAAGGACAAGGAAAGAGAACGUGAAAGAGAAAAGGAACGAACUAAGAAGGAUGAUACAGACAGUGAAAAUUUGGAUGCAACAGACAGUUAUAACCAUAAAGAGAGGAAAAAGGAAAAAGACAGAGAUAAGAAACACCGCAGACGACAUCAAAGUGCUGCUGAUGAUGGGAAUUCUGACAAGGAUGAUAAAGAGGAACCUAAGAAGUCCCGCAGACAUAGCAGUAGCAGUGACCGGAAAAAAUCAAGAAAGCAUGCAUAUUCACCUGAAUCGGAUGGUGAAAGCAGGCACAAGAAACACAAGAGAGAUCAUCGGGAUGGUUCCCGUAGAAACACUGGUUACGAGGAGCUAGAAGAUGGAGAACUAGGCGAGGAUGGAGAAACCCAGUGAUUUGCCAUCAUCCUAGCCUUUUCAGAUUGUUAACAUUGGUGCAUAGGUGAUGUUCAGGCACUUUCUAAUCUACACCUCAUGAAAAAUGCUUGGAUAGUAGGAUGUGUUUUCAACUCUUCUUCUUUGGACUUCUCGCAGCCUGAAUGCCAGAGCAAAACUCUCCUUUCGUGACAGAAAUGAGUGUCAAUGAGAAAAUGAUUCACAUAUGAUGUUUUCUUACAAGAAAUAUUACAAUUCAAAUUAUGAUUGGCUCUUUCUGAAUGAAUAUUAUACAUAAUG